AUGGUUUGCGAAGUUCUCAAGAUUUUGACCUUUCCAAGAUUUGCACUUGUCCUUAGCAUGCAACUACUAUUUGGCUUUGCUUGGCUUACUUCCUGCUGCUUGGCCUUGGGUGCCUCAUAUUUGCGCUUUCAGGAGAACAGCACCCACAUAGCCUUGGCUUCUCCGGUCAUCAUGUUCGUCUACCUUUGGGGCUCAGAGGUCAUAGGCAACUUUGCUCAAACGAUAUACUGUAGCCUGCUCAUGCGCAUGUACUUGAAAGAGGAAGAUAGACCACUGAGAAGAAGCUUUCUCACAGCAUGUACUUUGGUCGGAAGUGCUUGCCUCGGUGCCACUGUGGGACCACCGGGCUCCUUGCAGUCCAUUCUGAGACAGGCGUGGGUCAGGAGACAAGGAACCAGUGGAACAGCCGUGGAGGACACAGGCCAACUCCCGAGUGCGGUUCCUUGUCCGGGGCCUGUCCUCGAAUACUGCGGUGCUUGGGCAAAUGCAGUGGCUUCCAUGCGGGAUGUGAGCCAUGUUGAAGCAGCACGCCUGGCUAAAUGCUUUCUUACUUGUGCCAAUGCCGAAGUUCUGCUGGAGGACUUGCUGAUGAAGUCAAUCAGAUGUUUUGGGUCUUUGCUUUGUGGAAUGCUUUGCUCCGUCACUUGCGUGGCGGCUAGCAUCCUCCGGCAAAGUGAGAAAGGCCCAAUGUAUUGCAGUGGUUUCAUCGGACUGCUGUUCGGAUUCGUUUGUGGCAGAGCUGCGAUGGGAUUCAUUGUUCACAGCAUGGAGGCGUUUAUCCUGCUAUGGAGCGAGGAACCAGAACCCUUCAAGGAGCUGGAGAUUCACCAGGAGUUUGAGCUGCGAAUUGCUGCAGAGUUAUCCAGAGAAUUUGGAACGCUUAUUUCGAACGGAACGCCAGUGCCAGAGGCCUAG